CCGCCCCGCCCCCGCCGGCGCUUCCUCGAGGGUUGUCGGGCGCGUCACGUGACGGGUCGGCGGCGCUGGCGGUUGCUGUCAGCUGAUUCCCGGGGUUGGUGGCAGCAGCAGUCGCAGCGAUGGACUUUCUCUUGGGAAACCCAUUCAGCUCUCCGGUGGGACAACGCAUCGAGCAAGCCACAGAUGGCUCCUUGCAGAGCGAGGACUGGGCCCUCAACAUGGAGAUCUGUGACAUCAUCAAUGAGACAGAGGAAGGCCCCAAAGACGCCUUCCGAGCAUUGAAGAAGAGAAUCGUGGGAAAUAAGAACUUCCACGAGGUGAUGCUGGCCCUCACGGUCCUGGAAACCUGCGUCAAGAACUGUGGGCACCGUUUCCACGUGCUGGUGGCCAGCCAGGACUUCGUGGAAAGUGUGCUGGUGAGAACCAUCCUGCCCAAGAACAACCCUCCCACCAUCGUGCAUGACAAGGUGCUCAACCUCAUCCAGUCCUGGGCUGACGCGUUCCGCAGCUCGCCCGAUUUGACAGGUGUGGUCGCCGUCUACGAGGACCUGCGGAGGAAGGGACUGGAGUUCCCCAUGACCGACCUAGACAUGCUGUCGCCCAUCCACACACCCCAGAGGACUGUGUUCAACUCAGAGACGUCAUCAGCACAGAAUUCUGUGGGAACCGACGCCAGUCAGCGAGAGGGCUCCAGCCAGCACAGCACCUCUCUGUCCACCCCAGCUGGACUCUCCGUUGACACACCCAUAACGCCAACCCCUGAGCAGAUCGGAAAGCUGCGCAGUGAGCUGGAGAUGGUGAAUGGGAAUGUGCGGGUGAUGUCCGAGAUGCUGACAGAGCUGGUGCCCACCCGGGCUGAGCCCGCUGACCUGGAGCUGCUGCAGGAGCUCAACCGCACGUGCCGAGCCAUGCAGCAGCGGGUCCUGGAGCUCAUCCCUCGGAUCGCCCACGAGCCACUGACAGAGGAGCUGCUGCUGGUCAAUGACAACCUCAACAACGUGUUCCUGCGCCACGAACGGUUUGAACGGUUCCGAACAGGUCAGACCGCCAAGGCCCCAGGUGAGGCUGAGCCGGCCGCUGACCUGAUCGACAUGGGCCCCGACCCAGCAGCCACCAGCAACCUCUCGUCCCAGCUGGCGGGAAUGAACCUGGGCUCCAGCAGUGUAAGAGCUGGCCUGCAGUCUCUGGAGACCUCUGGCCGACUGGAAGACGAGUUUGACAUGUUUGCUCUGACACGGGGCAGCUCGCUGGCCGACCAACGGAAGGAAGUAAAAUACGAAGCCCCCCAAGCAACAGAUGGCCUGGCUGGAGCCCUGGACGCCCGGCAGCAGAGCACUGGCGCGAUCCCCGCCGCCCAGGCCUGCCUGAUGGAGGACAUCGAGCAGUGGCUGUCCACUGACGUGGGAAACAACGCAGAAGAGCCGAAGGGCGUCACCAGUGAAGAAUUCGACAAGUUCCUGGAAGAACGGGCCAAAGCCGCCGACCGGUUGCCCAGCCUCUCCAGCCCCUCAGCCGAGGGGGCCCCGGGCCCCCCUCCUGGCCCAGCCCCUCGGAAGAAGGCCCAGGAGAAAGACGAGGACAUGCUGUUUGCCUUAUGAGUGCCCGUCUGGCACGCUGCAGCCCAGGGCCCUGCUGCCCCCCGCCCGCCCCGGGCUGGGCCUCUCCCUCCUUUGGUGUUAAGGCUGCUUUGGGGGCGGCUGGUGGCCCCUUCUCUCCUGGAGGACGGAGUGGGCCCAGCCAUGGGUGGGGGUGGGGAGGCCCCAGGCUGAAUGGGGCCAGGCCAGCGCUGCAGCGCGCCCCCAGCCGCUCCUGCCUCCGUCCCCAGCCAACCGCUGCGACUCUGCGGAGAAGCGGGGACCCCAGGACAGAUGGGCUGGCCACCUGCUUGACCCUGUGUGACACUCCUCACCCUGGGUGAUGCCCUGCCUGGACCUGUGCCCCGAGGACCGCUCCAGAGCCCACACCGCCUGUCGAGGCCUGGCUGGAGGCUGGUCGCAGCAGAAGCUCUCCCGAGCUCUCGCCCAUUGCCACCUGCCCCAGGCCCGAUGCUUCAGCCAGCCCUCAGGCAGAGGGUGGGGGGCCCCGGGCCCCUGCUGACCUGACGCUGCCCAGGUACUAAGCUGCACAUGGUGGGUGAGACCUCGCCAGCCCAGGCUGCACCACAAGGCUUCACGAGAUGCCUGGGGCGCCCCGCCUGCUCCAUUGCCUUGUCCUCUGUCCUUCUGUUCCACCUGGCAGGGCCCUCAAGUGGGCUGACCCUCUUUCUGGGAGAGGUGGCUUUUGUAUCCCCAAUUAAAGGUAGAAAGCCACCCUGCUGGCAGCCUUGUCCA